AUGGUUUUCACCUCGCCCAACUGGGUUCCUCAAUUGCCCAUCGAUCCUCCGGAUUCCAUCACGAUUCAAGAGUUUAUGAGCAACGAGAAGUAUGGUCGCUAUGCUCUCAAGGACUCCAGAAGCCCGUACACCUGCGGCCUCACUGGCAAGUCAUACUCGGCAUCCGAGGUGAGGCAGCGAACAGACUGGUUGGCGCGAGGAAUCUCCAAGAAGCUCGGAUUCGGACCAAACGAGGAAACGGAGUGGGAGAAGGUCGUCUGCCUCUACUCUCUCAAUACGAUCGAUUACAUUCCCUUCACCCAUGCGAUUCACCGUUUGUCAGGCAUCGUUACACCCGCCAGUGCAGCGUAUUCAGUUCAAGAGUUGGAACAUCAGCUGCGAUCUUCCAAUUCGAAGGCUCUCUUUACCUGCAUUCCGUUGCUUGACACCGCACUCAAGGCCGCGAAGGCCGCCAACAUCCCCAAUGACCGCAUCUUUCUGCUGUCGGUACCGGGCGCUGAUCAAAAAUCACCCUUUAUCACUAUCGAUGACUUAAUCCAAGAGGGCAAGUCUCUACCCGAGUUGGAACCUCUCAAGUGGGUCAAGGGACAGGGAGCACGCCAGGUUGCCUACCUGUGCUAUUCCAGUGGUACUUCGGGCUUGCCUAAAGCUGUGAUGAUCUCACACAGGAACGUCAUCGCCAACGUCCUUCAAUUCACAACAUACGAAGCCGUUCCGAGGAGAGAGCUUGGGGUCAGGACACAAGCGACACUUGGUCUUCUUCCUCUUAGUCACAUUUACGGCCUGGUUGUCAUUGCUCACUGUGGCACUUGGCGUGGCGACGGCAUCAUUAUUCUGCCCAAGUUCGAGCUGAAGCCGUUCCUCGAUGCCGUAGAGCGCUUCAAGAUUAACUGCCUCCCGGUCGUCCCACCAAUCGUCAUCCAAGUCAUUCGCAACCAAGAUCUCUGCAGCAAAUAUGACCUUACCAAUGUGCGUUGGGUAUACACAGGCGCAGCGCCGCUUGGCGCAGAGACAGUGGAGGAUCUUAAGAAGCAAUACCCAAAGUGGCGUGUGGGCCAAGGAUACGGCAUGACCGAGACCAGCACGGUAGUCUGCACAACGUCCGAGAUCGACAUUGACGUCGGAUCUUCGGGCUCUCUCGUUCCCGGUGCUCGCGGCAAGCUCGUCGACCCCACGACGGGCGCCGAGAUCACGGAAUACGAGACACCCGGCGAACUCCUGGUGCAAUCACCCUCGGUCGUGCUGGGAUACUUACACAACGAGAAGGCAGACGCCGAGACCUUUGUAUGGCACGAUGACGGCCGCUGGAUCAAGACCGGCGAUGAGGUUCUCGUCCGCAAGUCCGCCCAGGGCAACGAGCACCUCGUCAUCGUCGACCGUAUCAAGGAGCUCAUCAAGGUCAAGGGCCACCAGGUUGCCCCGGCCGAGCUCGAGGCUCACCUGCUCACCCACCCGGCCGUGUCGGACACCGCGGUCAUCCAGAUCCCCGACGAGCGCGCCGGCGAGGUGCCAAAGGCUUACGUCGUCCGCGCCGCCGCCUACGCGUCGAAGCCUGAGGCCGAGCUGUCUGCUGAUAUUUGCAAGUACGUCGAGGAACACAAGGCACGGCACAAGUGGAUCAAGGGCGGCGUAGAGUUUGUUGAUAUCAUCCCCAAGAGCCCUAGUGGCAAGAUCCUGCGCCGUCUGCUCCGCGACCGCGAAAAGGAGGCCAGAAGAUCCAAGGGUGCCAAGCUUUGA